AUGGUCAGCGUAUCCGGACUGGAGCUCGUCCCUCAGGGCACGGCCUAUGGGCUGCUCAUUGGCCUGGGCGUGCUCUUUUGCGCCGUCAUUCUCGUCGCCAUCAAGAUACAAAAGGCCUACUUGUCCGAGGACUCUGGCACAUCGGAAAUGUUCAUGGUCGCCAACCGGUCGGUCGGCGCCGGGCUCACGGCCUCGGCCGUCUUUUCGUCGUGGAUGUGGAUCAAUGAGACGGUCUUUUCGGCCGCCAUGUGUUACCGCUAUGGUCUGGCUGUACCACUGUGGUGGGGAUCUGGGCUCUGCUUUCAGAUUGCACUUAUGGCAGCUUUGGGCGUGUUGGCCAAGAUCAGAGUGCCAUAUGCGCACACAUCUUUGGAGAUUAUACGAAUGCGUUACGGCAAGGUCGGGCACAUUGUCUUCAUCGUGCUCAAUCUGGUGAAUAAUGUUUUUGGAUGUGCAUCCAUGAUCUUGACUGGUUCCCAGCUCAUCUAUGGUGUCUCUGGGAUGCACUUUGUAGCGGCGACUAUCCUCAUUCCCCUCGGUGUGGUCCUGUACACUGCCGUUGGUGGUCUCAAGGCAACAUUCCUGACCGACUACCUUCACACCCUCGUGGCCUUGGUUCUCAUCAUAUACUUUACCCUCAGCAUCUUGACACAUGAUGCAGUGGGUGGACUGUACGGAUUAUACGACAAGGUCAUGGCGACGGCGUCGGAAAACUACAUCUCUGGCAACUACCAGGGUUCGCUUCUGACAAUGAAGUCGCGCGAUGCCAUCAUCUGGGGUCUGAUUCUCAAGUUUGGCAACCUGGCUCUUGUCGUGAUGGAUACGGCAUUCUGGCAAAAGUCGUUUGCGACCGAAGUCAACGCCACCGUCCCAGGCUAUAACAUUGCAGCCGUGGCGAUUUUCGGUAUUCCAUGGGGACUGGGCACGGUGAUUGGGUUGACAGCGCGAGCAAUUCACAACACGCCGAUCUUCCCGACGUAUCCCGGAGAGUUCACCUCGGCGCAGGUCAAUGCCGGCUUCGUCAUGCCAUACACGGUCAAGGCUCUCAUCGGCGACAAGGGCAUCGUGGCGUUUUUUGUUUUGUUGUUCAUGGCACUGACCAGUACUGUGUCCUCGUCCAUGAUUGCAGUCAGCAGCAUUCUUUCCUUUGACAUUUACAAGACUUAUUGGAAUCCCAAGGCUUCUGACAAGCGCCUUGUCAAGGUCAGCCAUAUCGCAGUGGUUAUUCACGCCAUCUUCAUCACGGCCGUGGCCCUGGCGCUCAAUUACGGAGGCGCGGACAUGACCUGGAUCGGCUAUUUCCGACCCGUCAUUGCCUGCCCCGGAAUCAUCCCACUGGCAUUGACGCUCUUGUGGUCUGGCCAGACGCGACUUGCAGCAGUAGUGUCUCCGAUUCUUGGAUUCCUCACCGGGCUUGGAAUAUGGCUCGGCAGUGCAAAGGCACUGUAUGGCGUAGUCAACAUGACCACUACGGAGGCCAGUCUCCCGGCUCUCUAUGGCGCCAUUGGGUCGUUCUUUUCACCUGCUCUAUACUCGGUUCUGAUCUCGCAGUACGGCCCAUACAAAUUUGACUGGCGCGAGUUCUUGCGCAUCGAGCUCGCCGAGGAGGCACAGAUCCACACCUCAACACCCGAGUCAACCCCCUCGCUGACGGACGAAAAGAACGCAGAAGAUACGAGGUCCCCGAGCACUUCAAAGGUCCUUGGUGUGGCCGGGGCAGACACUCCAGAUGCCAAGCUGAACUCGAACACGGAAGCGCCCUUGUCUCGUACUGCUGAGAAACAUGCUGGUUCUGCAUCGUCCACUCAAGUCAGUCUAGACGAUAUUCAGCACCCAUUUGACCAGGAAACACUGCGUGAGCUACACCGAUGGCAACGCAUCGCUUGGAUUGCCUUCGUCUUUAUCGUGCUCGUCACGUUUGUGCUGUGGCCCAUGCCACUGUAUAGAGACUACAUCUUCACAAAGACGUUCUUCUCUAGCUGGACUGCGGUUGCCAUCUUUUGGCAAUUCUUUGCCUUUUUUGCCGUUGUCGUGUACCCAUUGUAUGAUGGACGUUAUGAAAUCGCAAAGGGUGUGCGAGGCGUUUGGAGAGCUGUUGGUGGCACUUGGGGUCAUCGGUGA